AACUCGGGUUUUCCUUUUCAUUUGGUCAUUUCUUCUUCUACAAGACUACAAAGCGCUAGAAGUUGUUCCACUCAUCCGAAAUCGCAUAAACACUACUCUCUUCUUCUCACAUUAUUCCGAUAACAAUGUCGACGGAGCAAUCGGUUAUGGCAGUAAUACGGGCCUCAAGGCCCACUUUCCGCCAGGCCCACGAUAAGGUAGCUUUCGCGGUGCACGCUGCGUUCCUAGCUUCUGGGUUUGUUCUCCACGCCACUGGGCCUUCCGCCUCCACCGAUGACGCUCUCUCUUCCUCCUCCGCUGAUGAGGUAGGGAUUGAUCAUUGGAAUGAAUUUGAGGAUAGUUAUGCCUUUGUGUAUUCAAAGCCUGAGAAGAGCUCCAAAAAGGUGUUGGUGAAGUGCCUUGCAAUGAACAAUAAGCUGCUUAUAGAUACACUCAGGGAUGGCGAUAAUGAGCCUCUUCAUCUUGAGCUAAGCGUCGAGGACUACAUUGUCGAAGAUGGGGGAACGAAUUACAAUGCCCAGUUCAAGAAUUUGGGUAAGCUGGUAGGUGAACUAAACAAAGAAGUCCUUAGCAAAUAUAGUGGUUCUUCUGUGGUGAAUUCGUCUACUCAGACUUCAAGUUCUGGAAAAGGAGGACUCGAAGACCAACCUAGUGCUGAGCGCAGAUCUGAUUACCCGUAUCAGCCUGGAAGUUCUUUUCCCUCAGGAUAUGUGGUUCCUCCCAUUCCUGGCUCUGGUGGCAGUGAUCUUUUCCCUGGGCCUGGUGCUGGAGUUUACCCAACCAGAGGCGGCCCAGGAGGUGGGAGCAUGCUUGUAGGGCCUAAUGACCCUCGCUUUUUUGGUGGAAUGGGUGGGGAUCCUCAUUUACCUGGAGGACUGCCGGGUGUUCCACCAGGUGCUCGUUUUGAUCCGUAUGGACCACCAGAUGUUCCUGGCUUUGAGCCAGGUCGCUUUAUCAGGGACCCGAGGAGGCCGGGAGGUGGAAGGCCUCAUCCAGAUCUGCCGCAUUUUGGCGGAGAUUCUGACUUUAUAUAGGAGUUGUGACUUUUGUGUUGUGAAAGACAAGUUAGAUACAUUCACUUUGGUGUUCUUUUUUUGCUUCUUUCUCCCUGAUUUGUUCUCCUUGUCUUGUAUAUUGCGGAUUUAGUGCCUGGUUGGUCAACGAGGUGUAUAUAUGUCUUGCCAGCUUUAAAUAUACCUACGUUACAAUUUCGUUGGCCAGGAUUCAUGUUACUUGGUUUUGUUCAUAUUCUCACUGCUUUGCGUGGUGUUGUGA